AUGGCCGGCUCGAUCGACCCCCGUGACUUCGAACGAAGGCCCUCAACCCCAGUCCACUCACGAGCAAGCCCAGACAAGAAACCCAUCUGCUCGGGACUCUUCAUCCCCCCAACCGCAGGCCCAGCAACACCCACCCUGAACACCACCAACUCAUCAUCCAGAUUCACCCCGACCAGGAAACAGCCACUCCAGACCACCAACCAGAACACCACCACCACCACUCAGAUCAGGAAAGCUAGACCCCAGUCUGCUAUCAUCCAGCCAUCAUCCAGCCCACUCAACUUGACCACCCCAACUACCCCAACACGAAUCAGAACCACCUCACCCCUCAUAACAAGACCGGACCCCGCCCUCAGAUCACCUCAAUUCAUCCCUCAUCAAACACUGCCCCCCACCUCACUCAACUCGCCAUUAAGAGCAAGUCUAACCGCUGAAGCAAUCCCCAGAAAGAAGUCGAUCCUACCCGGGGCUCCGAACCCGCUGCACCACAACAGGCUGAGAAGCUUGAAAUCAUCAACCUCAUCCCCAUUCUCAACCCCCCUCUCCUCUAGCAGCCAAUCUCCAGCUCUCCUCAAUCAAUCCCCCUCUCUCCUCAAGAAAUCCCAAUCUCAUCUCAGCCUCUUACAAUCUCCAGCCUGCCUCAGCCAAUCCCUCUCGCCCUUCCAGCCACCAACAAUCAGCAAUCAAUCUCCUGCUUAUCAUCUCGCAGCCACUCCGGUCGAGGAACCCCCGAUCGGCAAAGCUCAGCUCGAAAACGUACUGGUGGCCAUCCGGCUAAAAGGCCUUGUUGAUCCGGCGCUGGAGUCGCCGAAGAACUAUUGGUCAAUCAACUCGGGCGGAACUCAGAUUUGCGAAUUAUCACCUUCCGGCUCAACCCAAUCUAGUAGCAAUGGUACGGGCACUAACUGGAGCUUCAACAGCGUUUUCGGUCAGAACUCCACGAAUGAGGACGUUUACAAGACGUCCGGAGCCAGGGAUUUGAUACUAUCUGCGAUGGCAGGAUACGAUGCAACAAUCUUUGCCUAUGGACAAACAGCUUCAGGCAAGACUCAUACUCUGACAGGCUCUUUCCACCAACCUGGAAUCAUCCCACUUUCGGUCCAGGAAAUCUUUACAUUCAUUCGAUCACAUCCCGAAAGAGAGUUUCUACUGAGGGUGUCAUACUUGGAAGUCUAUAACGAGCAAAUUCACGAUUUGCUCAUUCCGAGCACUCAAUCUACCCCUCCGCCAGUCAAAAUCCGACAGCAAACAAAUGGGAUGUUUUUCGCAGAUCCAGUCAGAGAAGAAGUCGUGACGAAUGUCGGACAGGUGGCCGCGCUAAUGAGCAGGGGAGAACGACAGCGGCAUGUAGCCGGGACUGACUGGAAUGCGCGCUCCAGUCGAUCGCACACCAUCUUUGGGAUCGUGAUCGAAUCGCGAUUGUAUGGCGAUAAUGGCGGUGUCAGGAGGAGUAAAGUGUGUCUGAUCGAUUUGGCUGGGAAUGAACGCGCUAGCAGUGAAGUCGAAAGAAGAAGCGAAGGUUCCUUCAUCAACAAGAGCCUCUUAACUCUAGAAAAAGUGAUCAGUGGACUUGCGGAGCCGAGCGGACAGGCUAAGAAGCGAAACCAGCACAUCCCCUACCGAGAUUCGAAACUCACCCAGAUACUACAACCAUCUUUAUCGGGGAAAUCGAGAGUGUGUGUGAUUUGUACGAUGAACUGGACGUUCCAAUCGAUUGAAGACAGUCGAAGUACAUUGCGAUUCGCCAGUCGAGUCAAAAAGAUCCAAACGAGUGCUGGGGUCAACGAGAUCUUAUCCGAUAGUGCUUUGAUGAUUCGCUACCGACAACAAAUUGUUGAUUUACAAGCUCAACUGAGGGAUGCGGUCAACAAAGCUAACCAACCAAAUGAGAACAUUAACCAUUACCAACAAAUUCCGCAUACAACAAACCAGGUCACAAUGGGAAAUGAAUCUCAACUCGUCGAUAGCAACCAGAUCGAGAAGGCCGAAGAAGAAAGAUCGAAGAUCAAGAAACAACUGAACGAAUUGCAAUCUAUCAUUUUGAAUGCGGAUAACUUAGACCAAAUUGAGGGUUUAUCCAAAGAAACUAGACCUGUUAGUCCGGUCAAGAAGCAUUCCAAUCAAGAAUGGUUAUCUGGAUCAGAUUUGGAAUCGGAAGACUCAGAUGAAGAAGAAAGUGGAACCAAAUCAACAAGAGAAGAGAAGGGCAGAAGAGAGAAGUUGCUCGAAGAAAAGGUUGAAUUGCAAGCGUAUGAAAUUGCUUGCUUAAGACUUGAAUUGAUUGGAUUGAAAUACAAAACGAAAAAACACCAACCCAGACAUGAAGCCCCAAAACAAGAAGCGGCGGAUAAGCCAACCAGGGACCGGGAUGAUACUGAAGCGAGAGACGAAAUCCAAGAUAAGGAAAUCGAAGACGCCAUUAAACGCGUGGCCGAAUCUCGGGAGUAUCUUGAAGAUCGCUUGGCUGAACAGGCUCUCGAAAUCAAAAAUCGGAAAAAGUUCACUCAAGAGGUUAUAAAUUUGUUGGAUGCUUCUCGUGCUAAAUCGAAAAAAUUGGAACUUUUCGUCUUGAAGCAAAUGGAAAAGGCGACGCGGCGAUUAUCCAAGAUUGAGCGAACCGCCUACGGUGAUAAUGAUCAUCAUCAAUCUGAGAGAGAUGGAGGAAGGGGGAAAUCAAGCAGAAGGAGAUCCAGCUCAAUCAAUACUAAUCCCUAUGGACUCUUACUGUCGAAUCCAUCCUCCCUUAGCCAAUCAGCUGCAAACCCCCAAAAUCUCGAUCGACAUCAGGACAAGUUGAUGGCCAAGCUUCAGAACAACAGUUUCCAUGAUGAUCAUGAUGGAGCAGAGACCGAUGAUCAAGACAUUUCCACUCUGUUAUCAAUUGUAAAUGAGCAACCCGAGUUGGAAUGUAUUAGAAUGAGCUUUGGUGAUGCCGGCGGUGGUAGUCUAAGUAAUGUCGCCUGCAGUAAUGAUCCUAAUCGUCUACAUUGUUAG